GAUUGAGGCCGAAAAACGCUAUUUCUGAACGUUUUAUACUAUUCCCAGGGACGGAUUUCGAUUAGUCAUUGCACAGAAGUGCGCUUUUGUUUAUAUACUGGCUUCGCGCUCAUUAGAAGGUAGAUGACGAGGGAAUAGCCGUCCAUGAUCGGUUAGUUUUAGCGGGAGUGCAGACGUUCUCGCCUCGAUCGUCGACGUGUGUGUGUGUGUGUGUGUGCAUGUUGGUGAUAAUACAAGUCGAUAGCUCGCCGAUGUGCACAGCUCACCGAGCUACUGGGGUAGCAUUGUAGAAACAGAAGCUCACAUUCAUCUAUUCUUCAUACAAACCUGCAUUAUUUUAGAUAAAUCAAGUAAAGGGGAGAUCCAAUGGAAGUUGUCGAUCGUCGGUAAGUUCGUUGAAUGAUGCUAACCCAAGAAACCCGCCAAAAGUAAUCUAGAAAUUUGGGCGGGUGGUGAGUCACAGAGAGUGAACUGAUCAAUAUACAAGAAGAGCUGAAUUUUCAUGCAAUGAGUGGGAAAAGAGGACCGACUCUAGCGCUGAGCGGCAGCUCAGACGAGGACUGCUCCGAUCACGACGAAGUUGCCAACAGUACGGAGGACGCAUGUCCCACGUCACCAUGCAGCAGUACGAACAGCGGGCCGACAUAUGUGCGAACGGCCGGUUUUAAACACCACGGACAUACGUUUUACAAACUUCACAGGACUAAACAACCAAAACAUAAGAAAAAGAAACACAUGAUCAGUACAGAAAGUCUCAUAACGACGUCGUUUAAAAAGAAAAGGGACCCACUCGCUGCGCUCGGCGGACCGAUCCAUAGAACGAAGCCAAAAAAAGAACCACUCCCCAUGAAAUUACGUGCAUUACCGCAGUCUUUCUGGCAGCAGCCUAAUGCUGUCAACACUGCAUCACCUGCGAACAUGUUUAAAAUAUUACCACCCCUCUACAAACAGGAAACAGGAGAAGAUGUGACAGAUGUUCGACCAGUAACACCGCCGGAUGAAACUAAAGAAGAGAAAGAAGAAAAACUACGAGAAACGAAAGAGAAGGAAAUUAAGGAAGCAAAAGAUUUAAAAGAAGCAAAAGAAAUUAAAGAUGCAAAAGAACGGGAGAUAAAAGAUGCGAAAGAGCGAGAAAUAAAAGAUGCGAAGGAACGGGAGAUGAAGGAUACAAAAGAGCGAGAGAUAAAAGAUUCAAAGGAGAAAGAAACUAAAGAGAAAUUAAGGAUUAGGCCACCAUUAUGUCCAAGGCCACCUCCUCGCAUUUUUACAGCGUCAACGGCUGAAACAGAUUUAUUAGUGACAUUAUUUGAUGGAAUCGAAAAUGAGAAAAAAAAGAAGAUUAUUAAAAGAGGACGACCGAAACGAGUACAAACAGUUGAGAACAAAGGGCCUUUACAAGGAGAGGACCCAUACAUGAUUGAAAAUAUCACAGAGGGACUUCUGCCAAUGUUGUCGUUGGAGAACAUGAAACACAGCAGUGUAGCAACACAUCAAUUAUCGAUGGUUUCUCUCAGAGAAGGAGACAAGAGUCUCACGUUACCAUCUUUGACCGUGGAACAAAACUAUUCUCAUAUGUUGUCAGAGUUAGUAAAUGCGCUGUGAACACUAAACCGUAUUCUUAGGACUUCACAUUUACGAUGAAGAUUAAAGAUACGCCGUGAUGUCAGUCGAAAUGGAGUGUGACACUGGAAAAACAGAAUUUUCGAUAUCCCUGCAAUUGGAUUGGAUGUGGUUAUUCGGAUCCUGAUGUCAAAUAGACAAGCAACUCAAGAAGUGUCAAGUGCCCUCAUAAGCAAUGCUUGAAAGUACUUUCGUUUUUUUAUUCAAGAAUGCUAUAUUACUUAAAAUUUGUAUCGAGGUGCAGUAAACAACGGUGUUUUUGAUUGACUAAUGGGUUGACAUGACAAUGUUUUUGAGUGACUGGUUUGUGAGUGGAUUAUGAAAAUCCUAACACAUUCAAUUGGAAAACUAGCAGAGAUAUUUUAUCGACUUUGAAAUGUUGAGAAUGAACACAACAUUUUAAAUAAAGCUCACAUAACAAUAUCGUUAUAAAUAAAUAUAAAAAUUACAGCACAACCAACUAAGACAAAGUACACGUUUCCAUGGUGAUGGAAAUGUACAACAUCUUAAAGGACAUUGGCUGAUGACAGGAACUUAUUAAAUAAACAGAAAAUAAUGUUUUUAAUUUUAAUGUUUUGGAACUUAUAACUUUAUAAUUUAUU